UGGGGAACAGAAGAAAAAAAAGGACCAAAGGUCUAAUUAGUUAUUACCUGUCAAAUGUCGUCUACUUUAAAAGUACCGGGUCCCAACUACCAACCACCACCACCACAACUCCGCUGCGCGUCAUCUCCACUCUCCUCCUACUCGCGCGUCUUCUUAAACUCAAUCCCCCACUCCCACGCACACAUAAAUACCUCCGAAUCCGCUCUUCAAGAAAAUGUUGAAACACACAUUUUAAUCAAGAAAAUGAGACAUGGGUAAGACCGGCAAGUGGUUCCGUUCACUUUUAACCUCCAAAAAGUCUCCGCCGGGUUCUUCUUCUCCGCAGACGGCGGCGGCGCCGGCGAAGGAGAAGGAGAAGAAGAAGAGUAAAUGGGCUCUCUCGAAAUCCAAUUAUAAUAAGUUACAGAAUGGAGAACCUUCGGCGAGCCGCUACACUGAGGGGAUGGAUGCUAACAAGCAUGCAAUAGCGGUGGCGGCGGCGACAGCGGCUGUGGCGGAGGCUGCUCUUGCGGCGGCUCAAGCCGCGGCUGAGGUAGUGAGGUUGACCAGCGGUGGUGGUAGUGGGAGGAAUGUCGUCAGGUCAUAUAUUGGCGGUGACAGGCGGCGCGUAACGGCGGCUAUCAAGAUUCAGUCCGCUUUUCGAGCCUAUUUGGCUAGAAGGGCAUUAAGGGCACUAAAGGGAUUGGUUAAGCUUCAAGCAAUUGUAAGAGGCCACAUUGUCAGGAAACAAAGUGCAGAAAUGCUCCGUCGGAUGCAAUCAAUGGCUCGAAUUCAGGCUCGAGCCUCUGCCCACCGCUCUUACUUACCCGACUUCUCUGACUCUCGUCGUCCGGGCAUUGUGAAUCCGAGAAACUAUUACCAGCGGUUAACUAACACGAAACACGGUGGUUCUAUGACAAACCAAUAUAAUUCGAGAUUGCAUACUAGCAAUAAUAGCAUGAACGAGGAGGAAGCUUCAGAAUGGUUGGAUGAGGAUCACUGGAUGGAGCAGCAAUCCACGUGGGACCGCCACCGCCACUAUGACAACGAGACAAGCGACAAAAUACUCGAAGUCGACACGUGGAAGCCUCUUCGCCACGUCAGCAGACGAGCCGAUCGAACAUUCCCCACUUCACAGAGUUUUUCUGAGAAACUUCAAAAACCAAUUAUUAAUCCUAGUGUUUCGUCUGAGAGCAGCCCGAGAGUGUGUGGUAGUAGUAGUAGUACUAGACCGAAUGUGGACCACCUGAGAGGGGUGGUCACCCCCACGAGAAGUGAAUGUUCUAGAAGCUUGUUUGGGGAUUACUACUACCGAAAUUACAUGGCAAAUACGGAGUCAUCUCGGGCUAAGGUUAGGUCUCAGAGUGUGCCCAAGCAGAGACUUGGAACUAGUUCGAAUGUCGGUCGAAAUCUUUGGGAAUUGGAUUCGGAGAAUGGACUACGGGGUAACGCUUCUCUACAUCAGGGUGCACCUUAUGGUUUUAGUUCCACGUAUGGCUAGCCGGUCUAGCAAACCAACUUCUGUGUGUAUGUGUGUGUGUUUUUCUUUUUCUUUUUUUGAUUUUGUUACAAUGUGUGAUUAAUGGAUUUGGAAAAUUGAAUGUGCAUAUAACAACUCCAUUGGAAA